UGUGAACCACGUCGACAGAAUCAUGCCUUCAUCCAAACCAUCCGUCAUUGUCAGCGCCCACAGAGCCGCCAGCGUGAACCAGGUAGACAAAAUCAAAGUCGGGCUCGCUCUCUACCACCACCACCUGCUGCUGCACGACCGGGCCUCCGCUGCCAUUGCCGCCGAUCCCGCAGCCACCGCUGGCGCUACGGCCGCUAUUCUCGCCGCGGCUGCCAUGAAGAGCACGGGGUGGCGAGCGGCGCAGUUCCGCCAUAUAUGGCCGUACUGACUAUGGGCGCAGCACGUACCCUCGAGCCUGCGGGGUGCGGUACAUCCUCCGACGUGAUGGCCGUUCCUGCCACACCCGAUGCAAUGGUAUACCGUGCCCAUCGGCGUGCCGGGUGGCGGGGGUGAUUUCGGCUGGAAAUAAGCAGCGUUGUUCCGGCAGUCAUAUACCCCACCGAUUCCGCGCUGCGGCGGCUGCUUUUGCUGCCGCGCCGGCUGCUAAUAAUGCUGACUCUGAUUGAAAACGCAGUGUUGAUCCUGCGGACAGACGAACCACCACGAGAACACGGCUGCAACUGCGAUGGAUGCUGGGAUUGAGCACCCCAUCGCUGUUGUUGUUGUUGUUGCUGCUGCUGCUGCCUAAGCCUUUGUACCUCAUACUUGGCAGUCUCUGUAUUGCGCCGCCUCUCCCCUGUCUCAGCGCCAAAAUCUGCAGCCUCCUGCUCCGAGCAAAGCCACAUCAUCCUAUCUCGACGCCCCUCUCCAAAAAAUCUACUACAUGAUACCUAUCCCGUGCCCUGCUGCCUCAGCGCUCAAGAGCUGCCCCAGCUAUGCACCCUCUGCUGUCCCGGUCCCCAAUGGUCACCGUCCCAGCUAUAUACCCACUGCUGUGCUCUCCGUGCCCGUCGGCCACGUCCCAGCUUCGCUAUGCAAAUCGCGUCCGUCGCCCGAUUGGCCCGAGUCCCACCGUUCAGACGCCAAUACCCCGCUACCAACGAUGCACGCGGCUCGCCGCUGCUGGGCGCCUCGCACGGCUGGCUGCUCCGCAUCUUAUUAUGCAUCUGGUGUUUACCCCAACCGGUCGAA